AUGAGCAAUAUUCGUGUAUUUGGGACGCACAUUGUCUCUCUGCGUUCCUUGCGCAUCCUGAUUCGGCGUCUUGGACAAUUCGAAACUCCUGGUCUAUCACCUACACUCACUGGGUUGUAUCUCGAGGAUGGCAUUUCUGAGCUGAUCAGCUUGGGGGCAGUCUUAUCACAAGGGCGUGUGCUUGGCAUCUUCACAAAUGGACACCCCCAUCGCUCAGAGUUGGGCGAUGCAUCUUGCUUCUGA